AUGAUGUGAAUAUCGGCCUGUCAUCCCCCCUAAUAUUUUGGAUUGUAUGGCGCUAGUUGUCAUGAGCAAUCCGGAAGAUGCGGGAAUUUACACGGAAGAGAGCGAUUCAGACUGGAGGUCGGAGAUGAGUGAACUGAUGGUAAAGAAGUUCAGUUCGUCACAUGAUGAUGAUGAGCAGUCAACUGGAAGCAUGGUGUUAAUGAUGCCACAAUUUUCAUCCACGUUCUAUAAAUUGUACAAAUCUGUUCGUGAUCGGGAUGAAGAUGCAGAUUGCUUUGUUUCACACUUGAAAGCAGAAUGUACAGUAAAUAAAGUAGAUUUGGCCACCAUUUUUAAUAAUGUCACUCCCACUGGUGAUUCGUUGCUUCAUGUUGCAGCUGAAUUUGGGAGGGAAGAAGUUGUGGAGCUGAUUGCUUCUCACUAUCCCAAUCUUCUAAGUAAGAGAAAUAAGAAAGGUGAUACGUCACUUCAUGUUGCUUCGCGAGCAAAGAAUAUUGAAGCGAUCAAGGUUAUUCUCCACAUUAUAUCAAAGAAGGCCAAAUUGAUAGACAAAACCAAAUUUGUAAUAUUAAGAAAUAAUUAUCAGAGGACAGCUUUGCACGAAGCUGUUUUGAGCCAGCAUUCAGAUAGGGUGGUUCUGCUUUUAAAUGGGCAUAGGAGAAGUGUUUUGGCUGCCUAUUGGACUUGGAACAAGAAUUAUGGAUGCAAAUCACCAAUGUAUUUGGCCGUCACGACAAAGAAUAUGGUGAUUCUUGCUUAUCUCCUAGAGAAAAUUGCAAUUCCUUCAGAUCACCAGGCCAUUUCAAGUGGAGACUUUCCGCUUAAUGCCGCGAUAUUGGAACGAAAUACUGAACUAUUGAAAUACAUAGUGAGACGAGGACCAGAAGAGAUCAUGUAUCAAAAAGAUGAAAGACACAACACUCCCUUCCAUUAUGCAGCAUGCGCUGGUUUCUUGGGAGGUGUUCAUAUAAUGUCAAAAUAUUCUUCUCCCUUGUUUGCUUUUCAGCAAAACUUAGACGGUAAUCUUCCAAUCCACCUCGCCUGCGAAAAGGGCCAUGUUCAAGUGGACAAAACAUUCUUCACGCUGCAGCAAUCAAGGGACACACAAAUGUGA